AUGUCAGAAUUUUUCAAGUCUGCGCUGGGUUACAUCAGUGGCAGUGGAACUGGGGGAACUGACAAUGAUUUUGUUGGUCAACAAGUCGAACUGGGAGACCAGAAAUUACGAGUGAGACGGGUGAUCGCUGAAGGUGGGUUUGCCUUCGUGUUUGUGGCACAAGAUAUAGCAACAGGGAAGGACUAUGCUCUCAAGAGACUGCUGGCCAAUGAUGAGGAGAAGAACAAAGCGGUGAUGCAGGAGAUUCGAUUCCUUAAAAAAUUAUCUGGACACCCAAACAUCAUCCAGUUCAUCGCCGCAGCUUCCAUUGACAAAUCAAGCUCAGGUCAUGGACAGGCUGAAUACCUUCUCCUGACUGAACUCUGUAGUGGAGGACAAUUGGUAGACAUUCUGAAUAGACGGUCGUCGUCCCUCGGAUGUGAUGAAGUUCUUCAGGCUUUCUACCAGACAUGCCGUGCCACCCAGCACAUGCACCGUCAGAACCCACCCAUCAUACAUCGAGAUCUAAAGGUUGAAAACUUGUUGUUGAGCUCACAGUGUAGUAUCAAGUUGUGUGACUUUGGAAGUGCAACCACUGUAACACACGCUCCUGAUAUCUCUUGGUCGGCCAUUAAACGAAGUCUGGUGGAGGAUGAGAUUACCAAAAACACUACUCCGAUGUACAGAGCACCUGAGAUGCUGGACUUGUACCAGAACUUCCGUAUUGGAGAACCCGGAGAUAUCUGGGCAUUAGGCUGUGUGCUGUAUAUGCUGUGUUACAAUGUUCAUCCUUUUGAGGACUCUGCUAAGCUCAGGAUCAUCAAUGCGAACUACACAAUCCCUGAAUCGGAUACAACAUACACUGUCUUCCAUGACCUUCUCAACUGUUACUUCUACACCCUCGAAAGUCAUCAGAACAACAAAACAGAACCCCCUUAA